AUGUACAAUAGAAUACAAUGGAAAACACCUGACACAAAAGACACGGGUUCCAGUGUCUCCAAAUCGCAUCAUGUUACCUCUUCCCGGGGGUCUCCCCGCAGGAGAAGCCUCUCCCCUGUUCCACAGAUCCUACAGAAAGUGCAGCAAGGAAAGAAAGAGUGCGUCAAGCUGAGGAACAAGGCCAAAUGGAAGAAUCUGCUCUCCAAAUGGCAAGAAAUUCCGUCUCUGCUUACAAACAAAGGCGAGUAUCCGCUCCGGAAAUAUUAUCGCCUGAACAGUGCCAGCUACUCUGCGUCUAGGACCCUCACCACCAACUCUCUCCAUGCCACAGUGCAAGAGGGAGAUGAAUUACACCAGCUGAGUAACACUGAAAGACUCCCGGCGACGCUGAGAUUGGGACCUGUACUAGUUCCAGAAGCAGUUCUAGAAACAGCAAAUGAAACUAGUGAGAGAAAGCGUAAACCAGGUCGGCCCCCUGGAAAACGUAAGGCUAAAGAAACCCAGAGCUCAGCUGCAGUGCCAACUGUUAGAAGAAGAAAGGUCUCUCAAAAGCCUUCUCCUGUUCGUCGCAAAACAGUUUCUCAAACAGCUACUGAUAAAGCAAGGACGACUAUUGGUCCUUCUCGAGGCAGACAACAAACUUCUUCUACUACAAGCUCUGAUAAUCGCCCAAUCUGCAACAUGAUCCCUGCUACGGGGUUAGGGAAUCCCCAGACAGUUCGUCGUCUAAAGGAGAUGAAUAAGUCCAUAUCUCCAGACAUUUUAUUCCUUAUGGAAUCCAAAAAUCCCGAUCAGUUUGUCAUUGAUAAAACUAAGGCUCUAGGCUAUGAGCAUCAUCAUCUCAUCCCUCCCACGGGUCACGGCGCAGGAGGUUUAGCUAUUCUAUGGAAACAAGAGGUCAAGCUUCAUGUCCUUAGCUCAAAUGCUAAUUUCAUUGAUACUUGUAUUGAAUUCGAAGGCAAAACUUUCUUCGCUGCCUUUGUUCAUGGGGAUACUGAUUUUAUAAAAAGAAGACUAUUUUGGAAUCAAAUGGUUUCUUUAAUGAACGGCAGAGACGCACCGUGGUUUAUAACUGGUGAUUUCAACGACAUUCUUAGCAAUGAUGAAAAAGACGGCGGACCAGUACGGGUUGAAGGGUCUUUCUCUGACCUCCGGUCUUUCUACUCCGAGGGGGAUUUAUAUGACCUGCCUCAUUCGGGUGAUCUGCUUUCUUGGAGAGGGCAAAGGGGCAAUCACCUAGUUCGAUGUCGAUUAGAUAGAGCGGCGGCUACAAGUUCAUGGGCAGAACUGUUUCCAUCAGCACGAAGUCAAUACCUUGCCUUCGAAGCCUCAGAUCACAGACCCCUAGUCACAGUACUGGAAACAGGUAUAAAGAAGAGGAGAGGAAUGUUCCGCUAUGAUAGGCGACUUAAAGAUAAUAUAGAGGUCAAGGAGCUGGUUCAGACAGUGUGGACAAAUGCUGGUGAAUGUUCCAUCAGAGAAAAAAUCUCCCUGACUAGAAGCGCCAUAGUGGAAUGGAGCAAACAACAAAACCGUAACAGUCGACUGACUAUCGAGCUAAAGAAACAGGAACUCGAGGAAGCCCUCUCUAGCCCGGUAAAUGAUCUGACGCUCAUCCAUCAAAUUAACUCUGAUCUCAAUGAUGCUUACCAUGCUGAGGAAGAACAUUGGAGACAACGUAGCCGCUUAUUAUGGUUGAGACUUGGAGACAGGAAUACUGGUUUCUUUCAUGCUGUAUCAAGAAACAGGAAAAGAGCCAAUGCUUUCUCGGUCAUCGAGGAUGUAAAUGGGAAUGUUGUCUACAAGGAGGAUGAUAUAGCUCGGGCAAUAGUUCAGUAUUAUGAAGCCCUUUUCACUUCUGUGGAAGGAAACAAGACAGAGACAGUCAAUGCGGCCUUGCGCAGAUUGGUGUCUGAUGAGGAUAAUAUUGAGCUGAUCAGGCGUCCAUCGGGCCAAGAGAUUAGAAAUGCGGUCUUUUCCAUCCACGCCGACAAAGCUCCCGUUGGUCCGGAUAUGAUCAAAGAAGUGCAGAAGUUCUUUGAUUCGGGAGUCUUCCCACCUCGGACUAAUGAGACAAAUGUUCGGCUAAUACCAAAGAUCCUAAACCCGCAAGUGGUAGCUGACUACAGACCAAUCGCCUUGUGCAACGUCUUCUAUAAGACAGUAUCCAAGCUCCUGUCCCGACGAAUGCAGCCGCUGCUAGCUAACAUUAUAUCUGAAACGCAAUCUGCGUUUGUACCGGGUCGAGCUAUAUCGGAUAAUGUACUCAUUACCCACGAAGUCCUCCACUUUCUCAAAACGUCUAGAGCGGAAAAGCGAUGCUCCAUGGCGGUCAAAACCGACAUGAGUAAAGCAUAUGACAGAUUGGAAUGGGAGUUUAUUGAGCUAGUCUUGCAGCGACUAGGUUUUCAUGAGACAUGGAUUAAAAUGAUCAUGCAAUGUGUAUCUACUGUUACAUAUUCCUUCCUCAUCAACGGCUCGCCUAGAGGAAGGGUACAACCGAGUAGAGGCAUCCGUCAAGGAGACCCUCUUUCACCAUACAUCUUCAUUUUGUGUAGUGAAGUACUUUCGGGUUUAUGUAACAGAGCCAGCGAGGAGGGUUCUCUAAAAGGAAUACGUGUGGCAAGGGCCUGCCCCCGAGUCAAUCACUUACUUUUCGCCGAUGAUACUAUGUUUUUCAUUCGAGCCAACAAAGAAAGCACUCAGUGUCUCAGCAAAAUACUGAAACAGUAUGAAGAAGCCUCGGGUCAGUCGAUCAACACCAACAAAUCUUCAAUCUCUUUCUCUAGGAAAGCGCCUCUAGAACUAAGGGCAAAGAUCAAAGAAGAGCUCAACAUUCAGAGAGAAGGAGGAGUAGGGAAAUACUUGGGGUUACCGGAACAUUUUGGGAGAAGAAAGAAAGAUCUUUUCACGUCCAUAGUUGAUAGAAUCAUCCAAAAGGGGCGUAGCUGGUCUAACAGGUUCUUAUCCAAGGCGGGUAAACUGACAAUGAUUAAGAGUGUCCUCUCCCCUAUUCCCUCCCAUGCUAUGACUUGUUUCAAACUACCCCUAUCUCUGUGUAAGAGGAUUCAAGCAGCGGUAACGAGAUUUUGGUGGGACGAUAAAGAAGGUACAAAGAAAAUGGCUUGGGUAUCUUGGGACAAAAUGACUCAGUCUAAAGAAGUGGGGGGACUUGGUGUUAGAGAUUUCCAAGCUUUUAAUGAUGCAUUCUUAGGGAAAUUGAGCUGGAGGAUUCUUAAUAAUCCAGAGAUACUUCUCUCAAGGGUGCUCCUAGGAAAGUACAGCUCUACGGAAAGCUUCCUGGAGGUCACGGAAAAAUCAGCUAUAUCCCAUGGCUGGCGUGGAGUUCUCAUAGGUCGCGACUUACUCAAAGACAACAUGGGAUGGAGUGUAGGGAAUGGAAUCUCCAUUAGCAUUUGGAAUGAACCGUGGCUAAGUCUCUCGCAACAACUUUCACCGACUGGUCCAGCCACGGAGGAAACAAGUAAUUUCACUGUCUCUGAUCUCUUCAAUGAACAUGAAAGAACGUGGAAUGUGACUACGAUCAAACGAGUUCUACCUCAGUGGGAGCAAAACAUCAUCAAUAUUAAGCCUAGCCUAUCAGGGGCGCCAGAUAAGAGAAUAUGGCUAGGAACUAACAAUGGCAUCUAUACCACAAAGUCUGGCUACCACAUAGCGCUCAAGAGGAGAAGGGAAUUGGAUGGAAUACAAACCAGAAACGCUCUGUUUCAAUGGUCUAAAGGAGUGUGGAAUCUACAAAUUGCCCCUAAGGUUAAAUUUUUUUUGUGGAAGACUUUCCAACAAGCGUUACCUGUAGGAGAGGUGCUGAGGCACCGUCACAUCUUGACUGACAAUAUAUGUAAAAGAUGCGGCACACCAGAAUCUAUAAAUCAUCUUUUUCUCCACUGCAACUUCGCUCGUGAUGUAUGGAGAGCAGCUCCGUUUGCGGGUGCUGUGGAUGUAAGCAGAUUAAUAGAUUUAAAGGAUGUGUGGCUGAAUCUAUGCGAAAAGACUUGUCUACCUCCUACAGGAUUAGCAGAAGGAUCACUAGCACCAUGGAUACUGUGGCAAAUCUGGAGUGCAAGAAACCAGCUAGUUUUCAAUGGAAAGAACUGGACAGCUGAAGAUUCUUUAACGAAGGCUAUUGCUCAAGCUCGGGAAUGGAAUCAAAGUCAAGUUAAACCACCAUCAACGGCAAAGAAAGCUCAGGUCGCUCCACCUCCUCCUCCAGAUUGUAUCACAGUGCAUACUGACGCAGCUUGGAAAGCAUCCUCUCAGACGGCGGGUUUAGGAUGGAUAAUUUCUAACGCUUCAAGUACAUCUUCUUUCUCGAAACCGGCAAGGCAUGUAGGCUCUGCUCUUUGUGCAGAGGCGUUAGCAAUGCGAGAAGCUUUAACCAAAUGCAAGGAGUUAGGGAUAAAGAGGAUUCUCUGCAAAUCCGACUCAUCACAACUCGUAUCAUCCAUCAAUUCGGGUGUUUCGAACCCGGAAUUAUAUGGAAUCAUCUCUGAUGUUAUGGAUUUAUCGUUUCAUUUUGAUGUAAUCUCUUUCAUGUGGAUCUCAAGAGAGAAAAACAAGGCUGCUGAUAAUGUAGCUAAACUUUGUCUGGUUGGGGUCGAGGCCUUUAUGGCUGUACCUAACUAA